AUGUAUGAACACUCUAAACGAAAGAGAGGCUUCGACGAAGGAUAUUUGAGGAUGUUAACGAGCCACCAAUGUCUCUUCUCCUUCUCCACUUCCUCCUCCUCCUCUCGUCGCCGGACGACGCGUCUAAUCCCCCUCUACCGUCGACCGGAUUCUAUCUCACCAAUCCCUUCUUCGCUCUCCGCUUUUACCCGGAUCCGACCCGUUAGAAUCCGGGUAUCUGCCGUAAAAGAAAUCGCCGAUGUAGCGGACGUGGAGGGGGAAGAAGAAGCUGGUCCCAUUGAGCUUCCUCCGCCGUCUUCUUCCCCGUUUUCGUCCACCAACUCCAUUUUCGCCACUUCCGAUGACCCCUCCCCUCUCCAGUUGGCCACCAGCGUAAUGCUUACCGGCGCCAUCACUAUCUUCCUGUUUCGAUCGAUUCGUCGGCGAGCUAAGCGCUCGAAACAGCUGACGUUUAGAUCAACGGGAGCAAAGAAAUCGUUGAAAGAAGAGGCAAUGGAUACUCUGAAAGCAAUGGGUUCGACUCCGAUUGAAGGUGGUGGUAAGUCCACUCCAUCGGCGGCUCAAGCGUUUCUGGGUGCGAUUUCAGCAGCAGUCAUUGCUCUCAUUCUUUACAAAUUCACUCUUACCAUCGAAUCAGCACUCAAUCGCCAGACUAUCUCUGAUAACUUCUCGGUUAGGCAAAUCACAGUGACCGUAAGGACUAUCAUCAACGGUAUAUGCUAUCUCGCAACAUUUGUUUUUGGUAUCAACGCGGUCGGACUUCUCCUUUACUCUGGCCAACUAGCUUUCAAUGAAGAUUCUGAUGAUGAAACAAAGGCCACAUCAGAGCCUGGAGGAGACUCAUCAGGUAACAACACUCAAGUAAAUCAAAGCAAUGAGGAUCAAAGUUCAAGUGAUUAA